AUGGAUAUUACCGAGGUUCCUGUGAGUGAGCAGAGUAAAGGUAAGAAAAAGAAGAACAAGAAGAUGAAAACGCAGAGAGUGAGUGAGGAAGCAGACCCCCACGACGGCGAUGUUGACACGAAAGACGGUGUGAAGCUUGAGAAGACUGAACCUGGUCCUGCAUUCCCCCCAACUUUCAGUGUGUCCGAAAUCAAGAACAAACAACGCAGGCAUCUCAUGUUCAUGAAGCUGAAGCAGGACAAAAGAAAACAAAAGAUGAUGCUGAAAAAAAAGAAGAAGAAAGAGCGAGAGGCUUUAGGUGACAAGGCACCUCCAAAAGAAGUCCCAAAGACCAUUGAAAAUCAACGGGUUUAUGAUGAAACUACAGUUGAUCCAGAUGAUGAAGAGGUCAAAUUUGAUGAGGAAACGGAUGAAUUUGCUGCAUACUUUAAUGGACUGACAAACCCCAAAGUCCUCAUCACAACAUCAGAUCGACCAAGAGGAAGAACAGUAAGGUUUUGCGAGCAGCUAGCAACAGUAAUUCCCAAUGCCCAUGUGUAUUACCGAAGAGGUUUGGCUCUAAAAAGAAUCAUCCCACAGUGCAUUGCAAGAGACUUCACCUACCUCAUGGUCAUCAACGAGGACCGCAAAGUGCCCAAUGGAUUGGUGCUCUGCCAUUUACCCGAUGGCCCAACAGCACACUUCAAAGUCAGCAGCGUUAGACUACGAAAGGAGAUAAAGAGACGUGGCAAGGAUCCAACAGACCACCACCCAGAGGUCAUUCUAAAUAAUUUCUCUACUCGUCUGGGCCACAGCAUUGGCCGGCUGUUUGCUGCACUUUUUCCACAGGAUCCCCAGUUUGUGGGUCGGCAAGUCGCUACUUUCCACAAUCAGAGAGACUUCAUCUUUUUCAGAUUCCACAGAUACAUCUUUAAAAAUGAGAAGAAAGUUGGAAUUCAGGAGCUAGGACCUCGCUUUACACUUAAACUCCGCUCUUUACAGAAAGGCACAUUUGAUUCAAAGUUUGGAGAGUAUGAGUGGGUCUUGAAGCGUCAUGAGAUGGAUUCCUGCAGAAGAAAGUUCCAGCUUUAAAUGAAGAGCACUACAUUUCCUCAAAGUUGGACUAUACGAUUUUUGUGGACCUUCAAAAAGGAGACUGGACUCGGAAAUGUGUAACAUUUGUAAGGUCGCUCUUAGCGCUUGGAAAUUCAAAACCAAUGAACACUGGUGGAUGCCUGGUUUAUGCAAGAUUCCAUGUGGCUUCUAAGGCUUUAGUCUAGAGUACUUUGUUGGAGAGUUGUGUGGCAGGAGUGCUAACGAGCUUCACCAUUAAAGAAAGUUACACAAAA